UACGUCUAGCAUCCUUCAAGCAAUCAUCAACACACCCUUCAGCAUCUAUCUCCCUCCAUACCUAGCUUGACACACCAACAUCACACCACAACAACAAUCAAGCAUCUUGGCUAGCCUACACACACUCAGUCAUCGUCGGUUUCAUAUCUUGUAGCGAUAUCUGCCAGCAUCGUCACGCGCCAUACUUGUCGGAAUAACCUUAUCCUAGCUUCAUCCUCAACAUGGCUCAGCGCCAGGGCACUCAUGUGCCUGCUGUGCGUGCUGCUUCAGAGAAGAAUCUCGGCAUCACGCAACGCUCAGCUUCCAUCAACUUCUCCUGGACUGGUGACAUCAGAAAGCGCUAUACCGACUUCCUUGUUUAUGAAAUCCGCAAGGAUGGCUCAACCGUUCACCUCCGCGAGUAUGAGGAGCAGCAGCCAUCGGUACCCAAGCCUGCACCGGCCAAACCUACACCGGAAACUGUCGCUCCUUCCACUGAGCCCGAAAUCGAAAUCAAGCCUGUUUCCGAUGAAGACAGGAAAAAGCUGGUCGACUUGAUUGGUGAGUCGGCCACUGAGAAGCUGAUCAAGCUCAACGAAGCUGUUCAGGCGAAGCAGACCAUUUCCGCUGGAGAGCGGACUGUGGUUUUUGACCCUAUCACCGAUCGCGCCCAGCGCGCUAGCCUUCACCAAGAGAUCCGCCGUAUCUUCGACAAUCGCAUCGAGACACUCGCCAAUAACACUGGCGUCAUCACCGCUACCCCUUCAAAGUGGUCAAAGAACAACCGGGUGGGUGGACAUGGUCCCCGCGCCAAUAACAGCAACAACAGCCGCUCACGGGACCAGAGCAAAAGCUUCACUCAGCUGGGCGGCGAGUAUCUCCACUUCACCAUGUACAAGGAGAACAAGGACACCAUGGACGCGGUGAACACCAUCGCCCGUCUACUCAAGGUGAAGGCCACCAACUUUGGCUUCGCCGGAACCAAGGAUCGUCGCGCUGGUACAGUUCAACGCAUCAGCGUACACCGCCAGCGAGCCUCGAACUUGAUUUGGCUCAACACACGCCUCCCCAACAUCAAGGUUGGUGAUUUCUCUCAUUCCAAGGAGCCUCUCCAGCUGGGUCAACACGGCGGCAACGAGUUCGUAAUUACGCUCAAGAAUUGCAAACCGCUCGGAGGCGCGGGAUGCUCUGUCGACCAGCGCGUCAGGAAGUUGCGAGAGGCAGUUGAGUUUGGUCUGGCCUACCUCCAGCGCCAUGGUUAUAUCAACUAUUACGGCCUCCAACGUUUCGGUACCUAUGCGAUCGGUACCCACCUCCUGGGCAUGAAGGUGCUAAAGGAGGAUUACGAGGGUGUGCUUGACGACAUCCUCCAUGUCGAGGACCACUUCUUGCAUGAGGCGUUCGACCUUGAAGAGCAAGAACCCGCCCACACCAACGACUUCCACAAUAGCCGUGAUGAUUACAAUCGUGCAAAGGCCAUCACCAUCUGGAAGACUACCCGGAACGCCGAGAAGGCAUUGGCCAUCCUUCCGAAGCGGUUCAGCUCGGAGGCAGCCAUCAUCCGCCAUCUUGGCAAGAACUCGAAGGACUUCAUGGGCGCCCUUCUGAGCAUUACUCGUGGUAUGCGCAUGAUGUACAUCCACGCCUAUCAAUCCUACGUCUGGAAUCACAUGGCCAGCAAGCGAUGGGCCAUGUACGGGCCUACAGUCGUCGAAGGGGAUCUGGUAUUGGUCAGCAAUGACCAGUCGCCUGCUGAUGCCGAUUCCGAGGACAACGAAAACUUCUACGCUCAAGCCCGUGCCCUUACACAAGAAGACAUCGCAAGCGGAAAAUACACCAUUUUCGACGUUGUCCUACCUACACCUGGCUACGACGUGAUCUACCCGCGGAACGAGAUUGGCAAGGCCUAUGUUGACUUCAUGAAGAAGACAGAAAACGGCGGCUUGGAUCCGUACGACAUGCGUCGCCGCCAAAAGGAGUUCAGCCUUAGCGGCAACUAUCGUCAUCUGUUGGGCCGGUUUAUCGGCGAACCCCAAUACGCUAUCCGCGUCUACAACGAUGACACAGAACAGAUGUAUCCUACGGACCUGGAUUUCUGUAAUGCGGCCAAUGCAAAGAAGAAGGCUGCCACGGCCAAGGCUCGCACAUCUCCGCCUCUCCUUGCUAAUUGGGCGCACUUCACCAACAACACUGCCCAGUAUGACCAGGCAAUCACCAAUGAACGUCGUCGCAAGGCCUCCCAAUCACCGGAGUCUGGAGUGGUUGUGGCCAGAGAAACUUGGAUCCAGACUGGGCUUGACGGCAGUGACAAGCGCGUUAAGAUCGCGCGUCACACGGAGGAGUAUGAGACCAAGGUGCCUGUCGAGAAAAUCAACGAGAUGGUUGCGGAUAAUGCUACCAAUGGCAUCAUCUCCUCCAGCGCCACCGAGACGCCGACGCUGGCCAAGGGAUUAUCGGAUCUCUAUUAUGAGUCGGCCGCUCAACAAACAGUCGUCAAAUCAGAGGAUGGCACCACUAAGCAGGAGCAGGACGUCAUGCUGACUGAAGAGUCCACGGCUUCCAAGGCUGAUACUAUGGAGGUCGAUGCUGCUACCCACGAGGCUACUCCCCAAAGCAACCAGUCUGCGCUCGCUGAUACCGAAAACUCGAUGGUCAUUUCCAACAGCGAAAAGGACGGUACAACCAAAACCAAGGAGGCGGCAAAUCUGAUUGUCCCUGUCCUUCAUUCCCCCUCAGAGAACCCUCUUGCUUCUGUUGACAAUUCAGAGGUUAUCCGUAGUAGCCCCGAUGCCAGCAAGCUUGCUGUUAUUCUCAAGUUCCAGCUGAGAAGCAGCAACUAUGCAACUGUUGUCCUCCGUGAGCUCAUGGGCACUUUGGAGGAGGAGGACGCCGCUGACGACGUCUCUGAUGGAAACUAGAGAUCUCAAUAGGAUCUUACCCAAAGCCACGACACUGCGCCCCAGCACUGUCUUGCUUCAACUUAACCUUUCAAUGGUCGGCACUUCUCAACAUGGUUCGAUAUGCGGUCCACCGAUGCACAAGGAAGGCCGCAUUCUACAAGUAAUUGACAUCAAGCCAUGGAGUACCACCGCCUUGAGACGGCAUCACACAAUCGGCAACAAUAUCCCUUGCUGUGAGAUUUUACAGACAUGUACAUCAGCAUAUCUCGCCACAGCAACUAUGGCUUCUUUUCGGAGAUUCUGCCUAGUUAUUCCACCUCACCAGCAAAGCGCGUGGUAGUCUGCCACCAACGAUCGACUGCCAGUAUUCGAUGGGAUACGGAUACAACGCUUCCACUACACAACGAUGUUUGCUCUCCACUUCAAUGAAGGCACAAAUUCAAUGUCAUACUACGUGCUUGACUUGCAAGUACAACUUCAUAAAAUUAGUCACCCAAUCGACGCCGCAAUUUACUCUUUCUCUCAUAUGCUUGCAGGAUGUACACAGGCUAUGGACACACAAUUGUUCAAGUUUGGCCAAAAGAGAGAGAGGAUAGAUGCUCGACAGGUGCAUUGCCCUGGAAAGCCAGGGUCGAGUCCCGACCUACAUGGUCUUCUUGUUCUUUGUUCUUAUUUUUGUAUCCAUGUUCACAUCUCGUUGGACAUACUCAACUUUGCUUCUGUAUCUCUCGGUCAUCAUAGUGGCCAGUUUUUCUAGGAUGGAGGCAGAAGAAUUUGCUUACAGGCAUCUGGUUUAGCAUUUUCGGCGCUCGGGUACACGGUUCGGCUUAGGUAUGGACGGUUGUCAAAAGUUUAGGAAACAUUUGCAUUUCCCUGUCGCUUUCAUAGACCUUGAGAUACCUACACCAAAUGUUUAGCAUAACGGAGGUAGUACCACCAGUAUGUGGAUUUAAGGAAACG